CGACCAGAGGCACGUCCCCUCUCCUCCAUGCGUCAUAGACACGAAUUGGAUCCAAUUCUUAUGUCGAUAUUUUGCUUUUCCUGGUUGCUUGUCCUGCCUCAUGCCACAUGCUACCUCAUCCCACCACAAUACCACCGGUGUUUGUUCCUUUACUCAACUUCCCCCAAAAUCUUUUCUGAUCCAGCAAAUCCAUCCGUCCUUCUAGAGAGCAACACAAACGAACAGGCAUCAUGCUGUCCGCACGAAUCGCUUCGAGGUCUGCGAGGGCCGCUCGCCUGCCCGCCCGCAUCCCCGCCAAGACAAGCCUCCGCCAAGCUCGGUUCCAAUCUACCUCGUCCCCAUCUUCCUCAACAUCCUCCAGCGGGUCCCACUUCGCCGCCGGCGCCGCGGGUGGCCUUGUGGGCGCCGGUGUCCUCUAUGGCGUCUACCAGUAUACCCCGGCCGGCCGAAUGGCCAGCCGCGUGAACAAGGCCGCGGGCGAAGCCGAGGCCAAGUACAACGAGGCGGCCAAGAAGCUCCGCGAGAAGGCCCCGAGCUCGGCCGACCAGGCCAUCGACUCGAUGAAGCGCCUCGCCAUGACGUACGCCUCCUGGGUCCCCGGUGGCCGCGCCUACGUCGAGGCGGCGUUCGCCGACGUCGACAAGGUCCGCGAGAAGCACAGCGACGAGGCAGACAAGAUCGUCCAGGACGCGUACAAGAAGCUGCAGGACGCCAGCAAGGCUGGCUUCAGCCUCGAGGCCGCGUCCAGGGCCUGGGACGUGCUGGCCGAGGUCUCGCGGAGGGUGGCGGAGCUGGCCGGGGACGCGGCAGGCGACGUGCUCGACAACCACCCCAAGCUCAAGGAGAAGAUGGGCGGGAGCGUGGACCAGCUGAAGCAGAUGGGCGAGCAGUACGGCCCCGAGGCCAAGAAGAUGGUGGACGAGACGUGGGCGCAGCUGCGCGACAUCGUCUCGGGCGGCCUCAGCGCCGAGAACAUCGACAAGGCCCGCAAGCUGGUGGACGAGAAGAUGCAGCAGGUGCGGAAGCUCGGCGACGAUGCCUGGAAGAAGGCCCUCGAGCAGGCCAAGCCGCUGUUCGAGAAGAGCCCCCAGGUGAAGAAAAUCAUUGAGGAGAACGCCGACGCGCUCAAGCAGGGCAACACCAAGGAGCUUUUCGACAAGGCGCGCUCGGCCGUGGAGUCGGGAGAGACGGGAGAGCUCGAGAAGUACGUGGGCCAGGCUGUCGACAAGGCAAAGAAGGCUUCUGGCAGCGGCGGCAGCAUCAUAGGUGGCGGCCUUGAGGAGUACCUUGGCAAGAUCCCCAACGGCUCCGACAUCUUGCCCAAGCUGCAGCAGCUGGGUGAGGUUGCCAUGAAGCACAAGGAGGAGGGAGAACAGCUCCUCAAGGAGACGGUCGAGGAGCUCAAGAAGGUGCUGGAGCAGAAGGCCAAGAAGGCUGAGGAGAUUGCAAACAAGGCCAAAAAGGAGGCGAAGUGAAGCAUGGAUGUCCAAAUGCAGGGAGGGCAUUUCCACCGUUCAUCCUAUAGAGCAUUGGAGCUGGAGUUUGGCGUUGGUCGUACCUAAAACACCGCCUUCAUCCUUGUUAAUAUCAGCUGGCCUCGAGGCAUAAAGGCACCAAAAAGUCUACAUUUUUCCACGACCCAGAUCCCGUGUGUCAUUCCAGCGCGUGUUUCCCAGGCCGGACUACACUAGAUCACA